AGAAUCAUUCAUUUACAUACAUGCAUGUGCACAUAGAGAGAGAGAGAGAGAGCUGGGGUGUGCUGUGCUUCCCAUUCAGUCUCAGCUCGAUUCAAAACUCGAUACUAUCAAUCUCUGUUCAUCACUUCAUCGAUCUCCAUUUUCCGACGGUGAAAUUCGAUCGUGGGUUUUCAAUUUCAAUCCUUCUUAUGUCUCUCUGUGCUGUGUUUGUUGUAAGAUCUGGUCUAUAGUUGUUUGAUCGAUCAAUCAGGAGGCAGUGCAUUGGUUUUUCGCGGAGAUUGCCAAAACGCCCGGAUCUUUACUUGAGGCGGUGAGGCACGGGUCUGGGCUGUCAGUUGAGCAAAUUGUAGUGGAAAGAUUCUGCUUUUGAAGUUGAAGACUGAAAAAGCAGAUUCUACUAAUGCUUUUUUCUAUCCAUUUGAAGGUGUUAAACGUUGAGGCAUGCGUGUCGGCUACAUCUCUUGAUAGGACUAAAGUUUGUUAGUUUCAAUCCCUUGUUCUUGGCAAUGGAAUCAGAAGGAGAAACUGGGGGGAAGUCCUUGAAGAGCCUGGGUGGUCAGGUCUGCCAGAUCUGUGGUGAUAAUGUUGGCACAACUGUGGACGGUGAAUCGUUCGUUGCUUGCGAUGUCUGUGCAUUUCCCGUUUGCAGGCCAUGCUAUGAAUAUGAGAGGAAGGAUGGGAAUCAGUCUUGCCCUCAAUGCAAGACCAGAUAUAAAAGACAUAAAGGAAGCCCUGCUAUUCGUGGCGACAGCGAAGAAGCUGGUGAUGCCAAUGAUGGUGCCAGUGGUUUUCGUUACAUAUCAGGGAAUCAAGAUGAGAAGCAGAAGAUUGCGGAGCGCAUGUUAAGCUGGCACAUGACAUAUGGGCGAGGGGAAGAUGUUGGGUCUCCAAACUAUGAUAAAGAGGUCCCCCAAAACCAUAUUCCGUUGCUCACUAAUGGGCGAGAGGUUUCCGGAGAGUUGUCUGCAGCCUCACCUGAACAUCUUUCGAUAUCGUCUCCCAGACCUGGUGGAGGAAAACAAGUACAUCCACUCCCUUAUGCAGCAGAUAUGAAUCAAUCACCUAAUAUUAGGGUUGUCGAUCCAGUGAGGGAGUUUGGAUCACCAGGGUUGGGCAAUGUAGCCUGGAAAGAGAGAGUUGAUAGCUGGAAGAUGAAGCAGGAGAAGAAUGUUGUUCCUAUAACAACUAGCCAUGCUGCUUCUGAAAGAGGUGGAGAUAUUGAUGCCAGCACGGAUGUGCUGGUGGAUGACUCAUUGUUGAAUGAUGAAGCUCGGCAGCCCCUUUCAAGGAAGGUCUCUAUUUCUUCAUCCAGGAUAAAUCCUUACAGGAUGGUUAUUGUCCUGCGGCUCAUUGUUCUCAGUAUUUUCUUGCAUUACCGUCUAACAAACCCUGUGCAAAAUGCCUAUGCUCUGUGGCUGAUAUCUGUUAUAUGUGAGAUUUGGUUUGCAAUAUCAUGGAUAUUGGAUCAGUUCCCCAAGUGGCUUCCCGUGAACCGUGAAACAUAUCUUGACAGGCUUGCGCUUAGAUAUGACAGAGAAGGAGAACCAUCACAGUUAGCUGCUGUUGACAUCUUUGUCAGUACUGUUGACCCUUUAAAGGAGCCUCCUCUUGUUACAGCCAAUACUGUCCUGUCCAUUCUUGCAGUUGACUAUCCAGUCGACAAGGUCUCAUGCUAUGUCUCUGAUGAUGGUGCGGCAAUGUUGACAUUUGAAGCUCUGUCUGAAACAUCUGAAUUUGCUAGAAAAUGGGUUCCUUUCUGCAAGAAGUAUAGCAUUGAGCCCCGGGCUCCAGAAUGGUAUUUUGCUCAAAAGAUUGACUACCUGAAGGACAAAGUUCAGCCAUCAUUUGUCAAAGAUCGCAGGGCAAUGAAGAGAGAGUAUGAAGAGUUUAAAAUUCGUGUGAAUGGACUCGUUGCCAAGGCUCAAAAAGUUCCUGAAGAAGGAUGGAUCAUGCAAGAUGGUACACCGUGGCCUGGAAAUAACAUCAGGGAUCAUCCAGGAAUGAUCCAGGUAGCCUAA